GCCCAUGUCGGGGCUGGGGGGCUACGGAGGGGGCUACGGGGGUGGUGGGGGUGGGGGUGGGGGGCACAUGAAGCGAGGGCUCUCUGGGAGCUCCCUGCUGUCGUCUACAGGGACCAGCGCGGACGCGGUCAUCGCCAAGAUCAACCAGCGCCUGGACAUGCUGACCCAGCUGGAGGGGGGCAUGAAGGGAGGGGGGCGCAGCGACAGGUUUGACCAGUUCGAGUCCUUCGACUCGCGCCCGUCCUCCCUCGCCUCCCGUGAUCUCUACGCCCGCUCCGGUAACUACGGUUACGGCGACGGGAGGGGCGGCGACAUGCUGAGCCCGCGAGGGGGGUCCGGCUUUGGAGGAGGAGGAGUCGGGGGCGGAGUCGGUCUGGGGGGAGGCGGCUUCGACAGCCCCUCCCCUUCCUCUUACGGGGUCGCUAAAAUGCGACAGGCCAUGAGAGACUCCCCCUUUUCCAGCAGUCUGGGAGGAGGAGGAGGAGCGGGGGGGUGGGCAGGAGCAGGCCGACGCUCCCCCAGGAGGGGAGGAGGUCCUGGGGGCCCUGGAGGCCGAGGAGGAGGAGGGGGAGGGUUUGGAGGCCGCAGGUCCGACCCGACUCCCAUGGGAGGUGGAGGCCGGGGAGGAGGUCACUCCCACCCUCACGGCCUCUCCCCGGGGGGCCGAGGGAAGCUCCCGUCACUCCUGUCCCACCGGAUGUACUCCGAGGGCGGGGCGGCCCACCACCAGGGGCCCCCCGGCCCGCAACAUGACUUCCCAGGGAGGCACUUUGGAGGGGGGCCCAGGGCCGGGCGCCAGCGUGGCCGGAAGAGACCCCUCAACCGACAACAACAACAACAUCAACAACAACAUCCACCACCACCACCACAGCAGCAGCAGACUCGGCCACAGCGCGACGGGCAGAAGAAACGCAAGCAGACUCUGACAGCUGCAGACGAACCAGAGUCCAAGAUGAACAAGACCGAGGCUGCAGGGCCUGACCCCAGCCAUGAAGCUGCCUCGAACAACGGAGACACCAAGGAGAUCAAGACCCCAUCUGCUGAAGCCAGAGCCCCUGCAGAUGGAGACAAAGCCCUCAGCAUGCAGGAGGAGAUCUCCCAGAUGAAGAAGAAGCUGCAGUCCACGCCCCCUGCCCAGGCCACGCCCCCUGCCCAGGCCACGCCCCCUGCCCAGGACAAGACCCCCAAGCUUAGGAAGAGGAGGGGCUUCCUGGAAAGGUCAGGGGUCAAGCUUAACACUCAGAGGGUGAUGUUCGCGUGUUCGGUGUGUAAGUUCCGCUCCUUCUACAAGGAGGACAUGGCUGCCCAUCUAGAGAGCCGCUUCCACAAGGAGCACUUCAAGUUCCUGUCCAACCAGCUGACCAAGCCCACCACAGACUUCCUACAGGAGUACCUCAUGAACAAGUACCAGAAGACUGAGCAGAGGACCAGUCAGAUGGAGAACCACAGUGCUGCAGUGUGUCAGGUGUACCGGGAGCAGGACCUAACCAGGGAGCUAGGCAUGGAGCACUUCAUGAGGAAAGUGGAGGCGGCCCACUGUGCAGCCUGUGAUCUGUUCAUCCCUAUGCAGCACCACCUCAUCCAAAAACACCUCAAGUCCCCCGACCACAACUACAACCGCAAGGGCAUGAUGGAGCAGUCCAAGAGAGCCAGUCUGUCUGUGGCCCGCAGCAUCCUCAACCACAAGGUCAUCGGCAAGAAGCUGGAGAGCUACCUCAAGGGUGAGAACCCUUUCACCGGUAACCACGACGACCAGGACCCCGAGGACUCCAUGGCGAUGGAGGUGGCCGAGGCGGAGCUGGCUAAUGAGAUGCAGUCGGAGACCGAGACAGGAGUGGAAGGGGCGGGGCCAGAGGGGGCGGGUUUGGAGGGAGAGGGGCCAUGUUUGGAGGGGGUGGGGCCAGAUACAGAGGAGGUGGGGCCAUAUUUGGAAGGGGCGGGGCCAGAGGCGGGACAGACUGCCGCUGAAGCUGAUGGGAACAAGGAAGAGAAGAUGGAGGAAGAAGAGGGAGUGGAGGUGGCGGAAGGAGGAGAGGAGGUGGAGGAGGAGAAGAGACCUGAGGAGCAGCGAGGAGAGGGGGAGGAGGUGGAGGAGGAGAAGAGACCUGAGGAGCAGCGAGGAGAGGAGGAGGAGAAGAGACCUGAGGAGCAGCGAGGAGGGGUAGAGGGUGAGGAGGAGGAGGAGGAGAAGAGACCUGAGGAGCAGCGAGGAGGAGAGGGGGAGGCAGGACUGGAAGAGGAGGAGGAAGGGUUUGAAGUUGGGGAUGAGGAGGCGUUCUUGGUUGAUGAGGAGAUAGAUGAAGGAGUAGAAGGAGAGGUAGAGGGAGGAAGAGAUGAUGGAGAGGAGGAAGGGAUUGAGGCAGUUCUGGGGGAUGAGGAGGAGGAGGAGUUGUUGCAGGAGGAAGAUUCCAACGGAGUUGUAGUCAUAGAGUAGUCCUCUCCUCCCAACCUCACUCUGGACCAAUCACAGCCCCCCUGCCCAACCCCAGUUCACGCAUCAGCCAAUCAGAUUAAUUCAUAAACAUCGCACCUCCCCACCCCUUCUCUCCAAAACUCUCUCAAACACAACCCUCUAACAGUAAACGGUUAUACAUGCCUAGUUUUUUGUGUGUUUCUGAGUUCAUGUUGUGCCUUUGUGGUAGUCUUGGCCAGGGGGAGGGCUGCUUGGCCGUGUACAUUAUAAUGACACAACAGCAACACUCAGUUGACGGGACUGAAUUAUGAUGUUGUUUUGUGUUUUCUGUUUUGGGGGUUUAUUGACUUUGUCUUUUUUUAAAAAGUGCUUGUGUUUUUGUUUUCCUUUUUUGGGUUGAUUGAAAUAAACAUUUAUAACUCCUUUAUAACA